AUGUGUCAAAAUUUUUGGAGAAAAAUUCAAGUUGAAGGAUUGGCUAUUGAAUACGGCAAUAAUGAAAGUUUUAGUUUUAAAUUACGUCAUUUAGUAGCUCUCGCUUUUCUUCUCUAUUUAGAAAUUCUAGCUGCAUUUGAUAUAAUUAAACCUUUAAUGCCUUCUAAUGCUACUGAAAUUAAUUUUGUUGAAGGAUGGCAUAAUAGAUGGAGCAAUAUUGUAGGAAAAGCACAUCUUGGUACUUAUACAAUUAUUGAGGAGAUGCGUAAAGAACAACAAGUUGAUAUGCAAAUUGAAUAUGUGUUACAUAGUGAGCCUUGUCCAACUCAACAUAAACACUUAGUUGAUCAUGAAAAAAAAAUUAUAUCAGUUUUUAAUAAUCGUGAUACUUAUACAGUUGUUGAUUUUUUAAGAGGUAUUGCAUAUAAUAUUUCUUUAUAA